UUGUAAAAUCAACCUAAUUUGAUGUUUAAUAGACUUUUCCUUAAUCCCUCCUUAUCAUCCAAGUUAUUCGCUUAUCCAAGCUUCUGCUGGCCCGUUUAGCUUGGAUAAGUGAGACUCUACUGUAAUAACAACUACAUUAGGAUAAUACGAUCAAUAUUAUAUGUGCAUACAAUAUAUUAUGCACAUACUAUUAUAUUGCAUUAGGAUAAUACGAUCAAUAUUACACGUGCAUACACUAUAUUAUGCAUGUACUAUAGUUUGUCCUAUUGUGUUUCUCCAUCAGCUUCCCUAUGUGGCAUGCUGAGAAAACACUUUUCCUCUGGGUGGAUCUUUUCCUAAAGGGAGGGAGGAAGGGGCUGCACCCUUGGGGUGGUCUGCAAACUAGAAAGAAGGGCGUCGCUUGUGCCUUCAUCCCCCCCACCCAAAAAAUAGAGAAAUCCCCGCCCAGAAAGCAAAGCUAUUUAAACCAGAGUUGGAGAAGCAAAGAAGUGGACUUGCCAAGGAGCUCAAAGGAGAGCAGCGCAAGAGCUCCACCUGGCGUUCACAGCGGGAAUUACAGGGCGUCCUUUCCAUCCAUGGCGAAGGCAGGAUUUCUGGUUCUCCAAGCUGCCAGCUUGUCCUGUCUGCUUCUCUUAGCCAGCAGCGCCCUCCCACCAUCCGUGGGGGGCAAGAGGGACGGGCCUUUCCGCCUCAGGGAACACCUGUGGGCCACAGGGCACUUUAUGGGUAAGAAGAGCAACCUGGGCCCUUUGUCUCAUUUGUGGUCUCCGUCGAUGAAGCAUCCAGAGCCCGAUAAUAUCCCCGAAGCUUCGAAAUCGGUGUUGGAAGACGGGACGGAGCGAUUGAGACGGGAACUUCUUACUCUUCUCCUGCAGUGGAGCCUGGCGGAGGAGAACCAGGAGCAGAAGAAGGAGCCCAAGGAACAGGAGAUCUCUCCGUUGAGGAAGCUGCUUGCAAAAUACAUUUAAAGCCAAUGAGUUGUUGACAACGCCAUCGCCGACCAGGAGUUCUUGAAGACCCUUCCAGUCGAGAAGACAACAAGGGCUGAGAUGUUGAGUUUCAAACCAGCCACGGCCUUCCUAAUCUCGAUGACUUCUCCAAAGGCUUCCUUUGGGGUGGAAAGGUGAAUAAAGUCCCCGCCAUGCUUUGCGCAGCCGAAAUCAGUCUUUUUAAGUUGGUUUUGAACUGAAUCGAGGUCUGUUUAGGAACAUAAAAAUCACCUUUUCAGGCAGCCGGUCAUAGAAGGUGUCUCCAAGUCCUAUAUUUUGUAUAUAGCUUCCAAGAAAGUUUAUUUAUUUACUAGCUGUGCCCGGCCACGCGUUGCUGUGGCAAAGUUGUGCAAUUUUUAUUUGACUUUAUUUGCAUUUUUUUAAUUAAUUUUAUUGUAAGUUAUAUUUUUAUUUAUUAUAUUUUAUUAUUUCCUUGUAUUAUUUUUAGUUAUUUUCUGUUAUUAUAGUAUUUUAUUGUAUUAAUUUUUAGUGUUUUUUAUUUUUUUUAUUGGGUUGCUAGGAGACCAAGUUGGAGGAGCUUAGCCUUCUAACUGGCAGCAAUUGGAUAAAAGCAAUUAUUCCUCUCUCUCUAA